GUGUUAGCACUUUCAAUGAUGAGACGAUGACCCGUUGGCUGUCGAAGUAUCCACAGAGCUAUGGCGCGCCACUCAAUUGACAAUUCUACAACCUGCAGCAUUUAUGAGAAAUUGAACUCCAUUUAUGCUGCCAUCUACCUCUCCCAGCAAAAUCCUUCCACUAAAGAAUACUCCCGCCUCUCGCCUUUGAAUUUGUUUUCGAGAAAUAUCUGGAGCUGAAUGACGGGACUGAUGAGAGGUAAAUGGAGGCUUUUGAGGCCGAUGAUAUCAAUUGCAUGGAGUUUUCUCCUAGCCUCGAUAUUCGUUUCGGCUGAGAGGAGUCUGAAGAAGGAAGUCGUACCGAGCAAUAGCGUUCCCGACAAUGCUGAUGCGGGUUUUCCCUCAUCCUUCGUCGACUUCCUGUGGCAGUCAAACGAAUCCGGUUACGAGCACGUCUGGCCGGAAAUGAAAUUUGGAUGGAAAAUUGUUGUCGGUAGCAUAAUUGGAUUCUUGGGAGCUGCUUUUGGCAGUGUAGGUGGUGUUGGAGGUGGUGGGAUAUUUGUACCCAUGCUUACUCUUAUUAUAGGAUUUGAUCCAAAAUCAGCGACUGCAAUAUCUAAGUGUAUGAUCAUGGGAGCUGCAGUUUCCACUGUGUACUAUAACCUUAAGCUAAGGCAUCCCACAAUUGAUAUGCCGAUUAUUGAUUAUGACUUGGCAGUUCUCAUUCAGCCUAUGUUAAUGCUUGGAAUUAGUAUUGGAGUUGCAUUCAAUGUGAUAUUUGCAGAUUGGAUGGUCACUGUUCUGCUAAUAAUUCUCUUCAUAGGCACAUCAACCAAAGCCUUUUUGAGGGGUGUUGAAACAUGGAAGAAAGAGACGAUGACGAAAAAGGAGGCUGCCCAACUGUUGCCAUCAGAUGGAUAUGGUGGACAAGUAGAAUACAAGGUUCUUCCUGGUGGCCCUAGCAAUGCCACUCAAGGCACAACCACGGAAUUUUCUCAAAAAGAGGUUACUAUUAUUGAGAACGUUUAUUGGAAGGAAUUUGGACUUCUCUGCUUUGUGUGGGUUGCUUUUCUCGCACUUCAAAUUAGCAAGAAUUAUGCAGCCACUUGUUCAGUUCUAUACUGGGUGGUCAAUCUUUUGCAGAUUCCAGUUUCUGUAGGUGUAUCUUUGUUUGAAGCUAUUGGGCUAUACAAAGGGUGGAGAAAGAUUUCAUCCACUGGUGAUUCAGGCUCAUCCAACUUGCGAGCAGGACAGCUGAUUAUUUACUGUUUCUUUGGGAUGGUAGCUGGUGUUGUUGGAGGAUUGCUUGGUCUCGGUGGAGGGUUUAUUAUGGGUCCACUAUUUUUGGAGCUUGGUGUCCCUCCGCAGGUUUCAAGUGCCACAGCUACCUUUGCCAUGCUGUUCUCCUCAUCGAUGUCUGUCGUAGAAUACUACCUUCUCAAGCGUUUCCCUGUUCCUUAUGCUCUCUACCUAUCUGUGGUGGCGUUUCUGGCUGCUUUUAUUGGGCAACACGUAGUGAGGAGGUUGAUUGCACUGUUAGGAAGAGCAUCUUUGAUUAUCUUUAUACUGGCCUCCACGAUUUUUGUGAGUGCAAUCACGCUAGGUGGGGUUGGAAUCUUGAACAUGAUUAGCAAGAUUCAUCAUCACGAAUACAUGGGUUUUGAAAACCUCUGCAAGUAAACCGCAGGGCUUGACAAACACAAUCUCAGAUGAUUCAUUUUCCAAGAUAUUAGGCUCCUUUAUGCUUCAAAACAAGUCCAAAGACUCGCAGGGCUUGACAAACACAUGAACGAUGAUGCCACGGCUUGGAUUUAGGUAAACCGUAGUAGUGUAUUCUCUUGUUUGAUUUCCGACCCAGUUGUAGAAUGUAUGAAUCUAGAGCAACUAUUUAUUGCAUUUUCUGUUGUUUUUUAUUUUGUGAGUUUUCAUUUCCAUUUCGUUUUGUUUCAUUGCACUCCAUUAAAAUGGCCCUUCGUGGCUGUGAUGAAAUUGGCAAUUUUAGACUUUG